AUGGGUUCCGACGCCCCUUCCGCCGCCCGAGCGUCUUACCAGCCUGCCACCUCCUUCCCUGUGGGCGACUUUUUGCCCAAUGGCACCCAUACCGACCCUCCUCCGGAUCCCGCCACCAGUGGCUUCAAGCUCAAUCACUUCAUGCUCCGGAUACGUGACCCCUCGCGCUCCCUACCCUUCUACAUCGAUCUCCUCGGCAUGCGCACCGUCUUUACCAUGAACACCGGCCCCUUCACAAUUUACUAUCUAGGCUACCCCCAAACCGAGAACCACGCCACCGACCUGGCCACCUUCGGCCAAGACACCUGCGCCCAGCUGCAGCACACACUCGGCCUGCUCGAGCUCUACCACGUGCACGGCAGCGAAACCCAACCCGAAAACUACUACGAGACCGGCAACCGCCCGCCCGCGCUGGGGUUCGGCCACCUGGGCUUCACUGUGCCGGACGUGCCGGCUGCUCUGCGCCGGUUGCGCGCUGCUGGCGUGCCUGUAGUCAAGGAACUCGGUAAGGGGACCACGACGCGGCGCGCGAUCCCGCUCAGCGAGGAAGAGGAGAAGUCGGGCGUGGGAUUGGGUGAGCUGCAUGAGGGUUAUGCGGCCGUCUUUGAUAAUAUCGCUUUUGUGAGCGAUCCUGAUGGCUAUCUGGUGGAGCUGGUGCCGCAGAAGAUGGAUCCGCUUGCGCCAGGCGCGCCAGAAUGA